AAGCAUUAGAGGAUCCAUACCUUUAGCUUGGUGGACGAGCAUGCGCGUUAACUCUGAGCGAUCAAGAUCGUAUACAUGCAAAAUCAACAGCAGAUUUUCAGAUUAAAUGCAGCUUACCACUCAAAAUGAUGCCAUCAAGCACGAGAACGGACGAGAAGUGAAUGGCCAGAAUAUCGUGGUAGAAUGGGCCCGGGGACCGAAAAGGGGAUUUAAGGAUGAUGAAUGCUAUCGGUGCGGACGUCGAGGUCAUUUUGCCCGGGCUUGCCGAGACGGAGGAGGCGGUGGAGACUGGGGCCGAAGACGGGGAGGCGGAGGCGGAAGAGCAUAUGGGUAUUCCAGACGCCGUAGCCAAAGCAGGAGCCGAGACCGUAACAGGAGUCGCAGCCGUAGCCCUGAUCGCCGCAGACGUUCAUCUCCGCGAUCCCGAAGCCAAAGCCCUCGGAAAUACAGUCGUUCUCCAUCGCCUCAGCGAUCAAACGGUCACCAUCACAGCCGUUCCAGAAGCCCUGAUAGGGGCAGAUCGCCUUAGUAAUGCUUCAAAGUGGGAGCAGUACCUUCAAAGAAAGUAUAGAUAUAUUCACCUGCCUUUUUAUUGUUGGAGGAUAUAUUUCUUCCUCACUUUUGUCCACACAAUCGAGUUCACGUUUUUAUAUCAAGAUGAUAACAUUUUUCUACUUGUAUGUUACCAUUGUAAGUGUGUUAUUAAGAUGAUAACAUUAUUCGUACAUGUGUGUUACCAUUGUAAAUGUGUUAUAAAUAUUAUAUGACAAAAAUUAUGAUGCUUGUCGAAGUUCUGAAGCAAUACCACAAUUUUUGCUAGGUUCUCCAGCAACUUGAUUCGUUUGUCCGUUGACAGUUCAGCACCCAUACCAACAUUUUUUUCUUUAGAAUUUAUAAAAAUAAUAACACUGGCAUACUUUCCUUGAGUAGCCAUUUUUAGUUCUGAAACUGUUUUCCCAGCAGGCCCUGCUAUUAUUAUUACCACGGCUUUAGCUGGGCUGCCAUAUAGGUGCUCAAGUAUUCAAGGAAUUUCUUCCUACUGGGUACCCAUUCACCUCACCUGGGUUGAGAGCAGCACAAUGUGGAUACAUUUUUUGCUGAAGGAAAGCUCUCCUUGAGUAGGAAUUUGCUCCAAGUCCAAAUCAAAUCUUACGUCAUUUGUUGCAAGUCCGCGUUAAGUCCCACGUCCUUUGGGCAUCUAGCAAGUCAACUUGCAAGUCAGCAAAAUUUGUAGUUUCAGAUAACUUUUUUUUGUGAACAGUACUGUGAUUUAUGUUGUUAUACAUACCUUUACCCUCUAUCCCGUGGGACACAAGUUAACAAUUUAUCAAUUUUUAUAAAGAUGAAAGAUUGUUUAAGAUUUGAAUGCUUCAUUGGCCAACAUGAGAAAGACAAAGAUGGAUGAUACACUAUGUUAUCACUAUUCAUAUCAUGCUGCAGAAUUAAAGUCAAUAUGAACCAGAAGCCUUCAAGGGUCUAGCACCCACUCAAAUCCUCAACUACUCAUAUCUGGUCAGAUUCCUUACCAUAAUGCAUCAUUCUCAGCAGUUUAGUAGUCUUGUUAUAUUAGCCCACCUUUAUAAUACUAAGUAACACACUAGUAUGCUUUUCACAUUGCAUUUCCCUAACCCCAUACUAUCCUUAGCCCCGGACUGUCCUUAACCCCAUACUAUCGUUUUGGGGAUUCACACUGUCUUUCUUAACCCCAUACUAUCUGCUUAGCCGGGGUUAAUGCCUUAACCCCGGACUAUCCCACAGCUCAUGAAUAUUGAUGAUUUUACCAUACAGAGCGCGAUUAACGUGCAAUUUCGACUUCCGUGAUUGGUUAUUGCUUAGCCCCACUUUCGCUUAGCCCGGUUUCGUUUCACACUGCAUUUCUAAGCACCGCAAUUGUGGUGCUUAGCACCACUAUAAGCAGGCUAACCCUCCUUUUUUGCAGGGCCAGAUAGUACCGUACUGUUAACCGUGCUAGCCCACUUUGCUAAAACGUAGUGUGAAAACGAAGUGGGCUAAGCUUAACCCCAGAUAUUGGUGGGGCUAAGGCCCCCCCUUAGCCCCACCAAUUUCCCGGGGUUAAAGGAGAAUGAAACCCUUGAAACCAGCUGAAUCCAUAUCAAAGAGAAAAAUCAAAGAAACAUAUUGUUGAAAGUUUGAGGAAGAUUGAAUGAAUAAUAAGAAAGUUAUGAGCAUUCGAAUAUUGAGAUCACUAGUGCCAUGUAGAUCCUCCCAACGGCAAUGCAACCAAGAUCUGUGAUAUCACACACGUACAACUCCCUCAUUACUUUAGUACUUAUUUCACUUAUAUUCUCACUUUUAUAGAGUCUAUCACAAGGUGAGGUGUUCUCUUUAUGAGAUGACAAGUACAGAGGUUUCACAACAUUAUAUCAUUGAUGAAUCGUUUGUCAUAUGAUUAGAAUGAGCAAAAAGAGAUGUUUUGGGGUAUAUUUUCAGUGUCCAAAUGGGAGAGUUGUACGUGUGUGACAUCACAGAUCUUGGUCGCAUUGCCAAUGGGAGGAUCUCCAUAGCAUUAGUGAUCUCGACAUUCAAAUGCUCAUAACUCUUUUAUUGCUAGUCCUAUUUUACUCAAAGUUUUGUUGAUCUUAUUCUUUGAUUUUUCUGCUUUCACAAAAGCUAACUUGCUCCAAGAGUUUCAUUCUCCUUUAAGGAAAAAAAGUACAGUGUGAAAAGCAUAUAAUUCACCACUCCAUACGUUCAUACUGCUCUUAUCAAGUAGCAAACAAAUCUUUUCCCCUCCAAUCAUUUUAGGUUGCAUAUACCGGUACACAGGGGCGUCGAUCCAUUUUUCAGAUUGGGGGGGCAAAAUCAUGAAUCAACUUUCCAAGGCGCUCGAUCACACAAAACAAACAAACUCACCCACACACACACACACCCUUAUAUGCCUAUAUAUAUAUCUAUACACACACACACACACCCACACGCACAUAUAUAUAAAUAUGUAUAUGACUCAUGAGAUAGAGACACAUAUCUCACCAACAAAUUAAUGCGAGCGCGAAGCGCGAGCUGAAAUUUUUUUGUAUACUGAUCUGAUAACAGGAAAAAGGUGCCUGUUUAGGACUGUUUGUCAUGAGGAUACAUAUCUCACUACACAGAUAAUGCGAGAGCCGGAGGUGAAAUUUCUUUAUAUUCUGACCUGUAAGCUUGCUAUUUUAUGCAUUUUUGGUACCAAUGAUUAAGAUGGGUAUCUAAAAAACAAUAGAUGCGAGCGCGAAGCGCGAGCUGAAAAUUUAGAUAUUUUGAUCAGAAAAAAAUUGAGUUUAAUGGACGUUUUUAAUUAAGAACAAGAUAUAUAUCCAACAAAAGAUUAUUGCAAAUCGAACCGCGAGUUAUUUUGAGGCUUAGAACUGAAAACGGGACAUUCUAUUCACCUAUUAAUCAUGAAAAGUAUGGGUUUUUGCUACAGAAUUGAUGCGAGCACGAAGCGCGAGCUGAAAAUUUAUAUAUUCCAAUCUGAAAAGCGGACAUUAGUUGAGCAUGAUUUUAAAUAAAGAACGAGUUGUGUAAUUCGAUCUCGCUUGCUGAUUUCUGUGUAACAUUACAAUCUUAUUUUAUUUUUUACACAUGUGGAAUUAUUGGGGGGGCAAAACGAUAUGUUUGCCCCCCCAAUAUUUUCAUUGGUGGGGCGAUCGCCCCCCCUGCCCCCCCAGGAUCGACGCCAUAUGCUAAUUUUUUUCAUGAUGUUAUUGAUAGUUGCCACAAAAGAUUUUUAAGACUUAACUAUAAAACAUGCAAGCAAUAAGGAACCACACAUAUUGUUGGUCAGUUCUUGUUUCUUCCUUUAAUUAAUAAUAAUAAUAAUUGCAACAUUUAUUAUAGCGCUUAAUACAAUGUAUCUAAGCACCGCAUACUAUUACCGCGGCUUAAGCACGGCUGCUCUUCGUUGUUGUUUUUUACAUAUAUUCAUUUUGCAGAUGGUUGCAAUUUUCUUGUUUUGCCUCAAAAGAUUGUUCUGUUGAAUAGCAGUUGCCAUAUUUUGGAGGAUGCAGAUUUUGUUUUUGUACUGGGCAAUACAUGUAUAUUUUUGAACUAUUGGUGUUUCUUGAUGGUACUUUCUCUGUAGUCCCGUGUGUACAACCUUUUGUCUUAUGUAGCUAAAUGUAGAAGAUAGCACCUUAAAUACAUUGACCCGUAUUCUGAACUCGGGUUUAAAUUAAACUCUGGUUUUAAGUUGUGGUUUAACCAUGGAAAGCCAGUUGUUACGUAAAUCUCAAACAGUAGAGGUUCAAUGUAUCAGCUCAUUUGACUCCCAAAACAUUAUCAACUGCCUGGGAAGGAUAAGUAUGACAGUUGUCUUCACCAUUAAAGAAUUAUUAAAGAGCACAAUAAACCUGAGAAGCAAUCACUGUAAAUAAACUUUUGAAACGUUUGGCUUCCCAUAAUUUUACCACAGAGUUAGACCAUGGUCCAAGUUAAACCCGACGUCAGAAUAUGGACCAUUGAUAAGAAACAUUACGUAUUAUUUGAUGAUGCACACAUACUUUUUGUAGUCAUGAAGGGAUAGCGGGAUUAAUAAGAUAUUUUUUUGUUUUGAUUUUGUAAAUAGCUUUCAUACAAAAAAUUCAUACUUAUUUCGAGCAUGUACUAUAAGACAGUGUAUUUUUGCCAAAUGAUAGAGUUGUAAAUAUUUUUGUUUCGUAUGAGACUGUUGUAUGUCGACGAAUAGAAAUUUGAACCAUGUUUCAAUUUGAUUAUUCUGUCAUCCAAUGCUGCAGCAUGAGAAGUAGGAAGGCUUUAUGAUAUGACAAUAAUAUACAAAUAUUGUGACAUUUAAAGGGAUACUCCGGGCUGAAGAUGUUUAAUCUAAAUAAAAUAGAGUAAAAUUCACAGAGCAAAAUGCUGAAAAUAAGAAAGUUAUUGAAUUUUACAGAUUUGCAUUAUUCUGGUGAAACAGUUCUUGGCAUGUCUUUUUUUAAUAUUCAUGUGGUGGGCUGAUGAUGUCACAUCCCACUUUCCUUUUUCUUAUGUUAUUACAUGAAAUCAUAAUUGUUUCAUUUUUUUCAUAAAUGUGUAAAUUUUGUGUCUUCAUUUUGAUGAAUAAGUUGCAGCAAUAAAUAACUAAUGCAGUUUAUCAAAUUGCUUUAGUUCUUGGUAGAAUUUUUUUGAAUAAACUUCAUUUCAUAUAAUGAAAUACAAAAGAACAAGUGGGGAUAUGUCAUCAUCAGCCCACCUUAUGAAUAUUCGUGAAGAUAUGCCUAGAACUGUUUCACCGGAAUAAUGCAAAUCUUUAAAAUUCAAUUACUUCAUUAUUUGUUAUCCGAUUUUUGAUCAAAUUUUCAAUAUUUUGCUCAGAGAAUUUUACUCUAUUUAAUGAGGCAUAAAUAUCUUUAGCCUGGAGCAUCCCUUUAAAUCUCAAUGAAUAGGCGAUAUUAGGUUCAUGGUAUAUCUCCCUAACCUAUCUUCAUGGAAAACAUUUGAAGCUGAUAAUUUUGUUUUCUUUUCAUAUUUUUGGGGUCUAAUCUUCACAACCUACUGGCUAAAUCUCCAACUUUGGAAAAGCUUUGCAAACAGGGAUUUUCCUGGGAUCUUCUUAGCAUUUUGGGACCAAAAUCGGCCAAGUCCCCAUGUAUUUUUUCCUGACUGGAACUUUGGAAGUUUUGAUAUGUUUCACAUUGCAUUUGUUAUGAAACCCAGACCUACUUCAACUCGUCUUAUUUUUUUUUAUAUAUUUCAAAAUAUUUUAUUUUCUGUAUUUUUCAUUUUGUACUUUUGUAGAGAUCCUUUAUGGAGAAAAAUUCUAGCGGAAAUAUUUCACUAUACUUUUAUUCAUUUAUAUUUUUGCAUGAUAUGAAUAUCAAAAAUGUUUGUUUAAUGUAAAUGAUAUCUGUCUUUCAUGAUAACCAUUUGAGUAAAUUCAACUGUUUAGAUUUGCCAAAGGAAGGCGUAGGUUAUACACACACUCAAAAGCACUCAUGUUCUCAAAAUACUUUUUAGAAUAUGUUAGCAUUUUUUCCCUACCCAUUUGUGAAGCUUUUCACCUGUCCAAGUAGUUUUCUAGGGCGGUCUUGAAAGUAUGUACAGUAUACACCCUCUGAAUAUGUUAACUCAUUCAUAGUUCUUAUGUUGACCAGAGUAAAAAAAAAAGUGCAAUUUUUCACUUUUUUGUUAUCUCUCAGAAAAUGUAGGACAGGUGUUUUUUAAAAGAACCUUUUCCUUAAAAAUGUUAAUAGACGUUUUGCUCUUGACAAUAACAAAAUCAAUGAUUUCGGUGAAUCAGGAAAAAAAUCAAGUCUGCUUUUAAGGUGAAAUACUUAAGUCCACUGCUCUGUUUCUUUUCUUUUUUUUCUUUUUUUUUUGUUCAGUAUAGCUAGAUAUUCUAUAGAAUUUUUAAUCCGACAUAAGGACUGUAAUUCUGAAAUGUUUGAGAUUCUAAAAGUUUUUCCAAGAAUGAAAUAAGGUGUGUAUACAAUAACUAAUAAAGUGAGCGAACCUUUCGUCAUUUUGAGACUCUCGAACCUUCAGAAUACGUAACCUUAUUUUGUUUUUGGAUAACGAACAUUCGGACUCUGCAUGUUCAGAAUGUUGAGCCUCCAGAGCAUUUGAACAUUUGUAAUAAUAAUAAACUGUAAAUUACCCCAAGUUUUGGGGAACCUGGGCCCCAUCUUACAAAGAGUUAUGAUUGAUCCGAUCAAUCGCAACUAUGGACGGCCACCAACGUCAAUAUCUAUUACGCAUGUUUGUUCUAAAUAUUUUCUAGCUGUGAUGUCUAUUCAUGCAUUAAUUGUUUUCUUGAAAAUUCACUGCGCUUCUCUUUGUUUAAAAAGGACAUUGUGCAAAUUUCAUAUAGAAAAAAAUAUGACACUGAUGGAUUUCCAUAGAGUUACGAUUGAUCGGAUCAAUCUUUGUAAGACGGGGGCCCUGGUAUAAGCAUUAAACACAAUCACGUGUUGAUUGGACGUUUGUUAAUCAGAUAAUAAAAUAUCGAUUGUAAUAUUUAGUUUUGUUUUUCAGAAGGUUAGUCUGAAAAUGAAAAUAAAGAUUGUGUACGCUGAUUAAUAAAAUAGACAAACUUUUAUUCAUUUUCAUACUGUCGAACAAUCUGAAUAACGAAUCUUAUUUUGUUUUUGAAUAACAGUAAAUCGGACUGUGCAUGCUCCGAAUGUUGAAUCUCCAGAGUAUUUAAACUUUUGUAUAAAUAACAAACCAAUGGCGGCGGAAGCCAACAAAUUUAGGGGGGACCAGCAACAUUUUUUGACAAGCAAAAAAAAAAAGGGUUAUCAACAAAAAAAAUUUUGUGGUCCAACAAAAUAUUUUGACAAGCAAAAAAAAAAAAGGUUAUCAACUAAAAUUUUAGGGGGGGAUCGUCCCCACCUCAAAUUUAGGGGGGACAGGUCCCCCCUCCCCCGCUUCCGCCGCCUAUGUAACAAACUGUAAACUAUCCCAAUAUUCUGGGACACCUGGUAAUAGGCAUAAAAUGUAAUCACGUGUUGAUUCGACAUUCAAAACAUGUUCAGACUUCUUUAAGAAGUCAUUUUGAAAUUAGCUCAAAAGCAACAUUUCGUAAACAAGCUCUUUUUAUUUUUUUUCUUCAGUUGGAUAGGUAGUCAGCUACUUGUUAUUUAUUUAGAAGAUGUUAUGUAAGCUUGCCUGGUAAACCAAUGUGCGGUAUUGCACAAAGCUUUGCGAUGAAUAGCAAAUAUGAAAGAACGCUUCUGAUUGGUUACUGGUCAGCAUUUUGAGCCAAGUGCGCGUGAAACAAUGAUCUUGAUUGGUCAGUCCAGUUAGCGAUCGAUCGCUAAUCUUUACGUUACACUCCCUUGGGAUAAAGAAUAAGUUAUAAUACUUAAUCUCGGUGAUCUAAUAAACACUAUUUUAGUUAAUGUCCAAUAACCUUCGUCUGCUCAUGCGCAGAUUAAUUAUGAACUGGUUUCUUACACUGUUAUUUGAAACUAUUAUUGUCGAUAUGUACCAUGCAGUUCUAUUUUUUUGUCAUUACUCUGUUUGACAGCGUUUUGUGCUGGAAAUCAAGAGUGUGUUUGCCGAACCUUUAUGUGGAAAUAAAAUGGUAUUAUAUAUCUUUGAUACAUAACCUA